CGGAGCGCUUUUAUCAAAUGCGGUUAGAUCGUGUUGUCAACAUGGCCACUAUCAACAUGUCAAAACAAGGAAAACAGGAAACGAAAUACACGUUUUGUUAAAUUUAUACUUAAAAGAUUUAAAGAAGUUGAGCAAUUAAUUUUAAGAUGCCACAGCUUGUAGCUUUCAAUAGAAAGUGGUCAAUUGGUAGCGAUGACUUUGUCUAUCCAGGAGUUGGAGAAAUAAUCCUUAGAGCAAUAUGGAUUGCAGUUGUUUCAGCAAUAUUUCACAUGCACAAGGAUACGUUAGACUGCCACGAUGGUAAUUUACUGCAUACAUAUUACAUCGGUCUUCUGUCCCUUCUUGCCAUUAGUAUUUUAAUGACAAUUGCAGUUGUGUACGUCAGUAUGCAAGGUACAAUCACAAACUGUUCACCAAGGAGGAAAAUAUCUAAACUUAUUUAUACAAAGUUUGCCAUCACGUUGCCUGAGCUAGCUUGGAAUAUCAUGGGAACGUACUGGGCGUUCGGAGUAUCAAGUGGAUGUGAAAAGCAUAUAGUGCUCACUGUCAAGGGGGUAGUUAUCUUCGGCUGGGUUAUGGGUAUAGUUGUUCUGAUUGGCAUAGGUGUUGUGUUCGAUCCUUUGGGAGCAUUACAUCAAAAGUCAGAUGGUGGGCAGCACCAGAGAGACAGUGCUGAUAAGGAAAUCUCCAACUCGGCUAAAAGGGUAUGGGAGACUAGAUGUCGUAUAUUAUGCUGUUGUGUUGGAUGUGAUGAACAAAGUACAAAUGCCUUCAGUGGUAUAGCAGAGAUCUUCUCGAAUUUUUUCCAGGGUGUAGAUUUGGUACCUACAGAUGUUGCGUGUGGUCUGAUACUGGUACACAGAGAACAAGAGAGGGAGGCUAACACGCUAAUGUCUAUAAGAAUAGAAGCUCCACAGAGGUCUAUAAGUCAAAGUGGUAUGUCACACAAUGAGCAGCAAUAUAUGCAAAGGCCUUUAUCUGCCAGUAGUUCAACCUCAGCACUUCCAAGCACUGGAGAUCCUGGGAUUCCUACACCUAAACCAUGGAUGACUGUAGAAAUGUUAGCACAUUAUAUGAAGUUCGCCAUGGCUAGUUAUGGUUGGCCAUUGUACAUCUUCACCCAUCUUAUGACCGGAGCUUGCCAGCUAACCUCUCAGUGCAACUAUGCAUGUUUACCGAGAAGUUUGAGAUAUAACCAGAAACAUGAGGAUCAAUCAUGUUGGGAUGCAUGUUUCAAUUGCUUUCAUGUUUUUAAAACACAGAGUAUGACCGUAAUUGAAACAGAAAAGGAAUUGAAUGAGCUUUGCUUGUCCCUACAAUGUUGUGCAUGUUGUAUGCAAGGCAGUUAUAUCCAAGAUGAUAACUGUUGUAGAUGUAACACUGCUUCCAUCAGGAAAACCACAGGCAUACAUCCAGAUGAUAUUAUAUAUGCUAGCUUCCAUAAUAAAAUUUAUGAGGUACCUUUUUUUGUUAGCAUAGAUAGGAAGAAACAAAGUGUAGUAGUUUCAGUGAGAGGCACUCUGUCAUUAAAGGAUGUUAUAACAGACCUAACGGCUGAGUGUGACUCCCUCGGUAUAGAUGGCCUAGACAACUGUAUGGCUCACAGAGGCAUGCUUCUAGCUGCCAAAUAUGUGCAAUCAACAUUAGAAAGACUGCGUAUUCUAGACCAAGCGUUCCAAAAUGCAGAGGGAGCUAGGCUAGUUAUUACAGGUCAUAGUUUGGGUGCGGGUACUGCUGCUCUUUUAGCCAUUCUGCUCAAACCGAAGUAUCCGGACCUUAUCUGUUUUACGUUCUCGCCACCUGGUGGCCUGAUGAGUUUAAGUGCUAGUCAAUACUGCCAGGAGUUUGUGUGUUCAGUAGUUCUAGGUAAAGAUAUUAUACCACGACUAGGUAUUCACACCAUGGAGGAUCUUAAAACAAGAUUGUUACAGGCCAUAACUGACUCAGAUAGUCCAAAGUACAAGUUACUUGCUCAUGGGGUAUGGCAGCUGAUUUGUGGCCUGAAUAAGGACGAGGCUGAGGAACCGUCAAGUAACAGACCAUUGCUUGAUAAUGGCUCUCGUGUACCGUCAUACUGUGGCAAUGAUGAACAAAAUCUAGAGCCUCAAAGAGAAAAUGGAUUAAGGAACGCCCUACAUGAAGCACAGCGACACAAUGAGCAGUGUAAGAUUACACAUCCACAGAUGUUUCCACCAGGACAAAUAUUACAUAUUGUUGAAGCUACCAAAAAAGUACCAUGUUGUGGUGUUCCUGAUUACCAGGCAUCGUGGGUAACAGCCAAAGAUUUCAACCAAGUUCUAGUCAGCCCAAAGAUGUUAUCUGACCAUUUUCCUGACGCUGUACAACGAGCUAUAGAUCAGCUUAACGAUAGAGAUUAUACGCCAAUACUCGAACAUCAAUCACUUGUGAAACACGUUUAAUCCUUAACAUGCUGAAUAUUUUAAAUGGACUUGUCCCAUUUCCAUUUUUGGGAGUGUCCAUUAGCCAUUUUAGGGAUACCAAUUUGAAUAUUUAAAGUUUAUCAGCCAACAGUAUAGAGCCUGGUCAGACUGCAUGGAUGUGCAGGCUGGCCUGGCUCUAUACUGGUGGCAAAGGCUGACGCUUUCGGAUCUAGCACUUUAAAGGUUGAAUAAUUUUAUCUGCUGAUUUUGUUGGACUGUACCUGUCAUGUCUCAAUAUUUGAAUAUUGUCACUUGAGUGCAAUAACUGGUUAACUCCUAUUAAAUUUAGGACAUAAUCCGUUACUUCACUUAAUUGAAAAUUAUGUAAAUUGUCAAUUUUAAGAAUAUUUUUGAUAACAUUUAUCGCAACUGGAGCAGCAGUAUGAAGUGAUAAAAGAUGGCAGAAUUAUGUAGCUGCUGGUGAAUGCAUAAAGCAUGCCAAAAUGGAUUUGCAUGAUUUGUCUUAUAGUCCUGUUUAAUAUUAAAUAUUUCAAAAGAAUUAAUUUUAUAUAUACCGUUUCUACAAAAUGUUUGUUGCAAAAAGGGAGAAGAAAAUUGUAUAUCCAAUCAAAAGUUAUUUGUUACAAAUACUGGGUUAUUGUUAAUGAUUACAUAAGAUUUUAUGGCCUUUCUUGAACUGUCCGGGCCUAUUUAGGCUGUUUUUUGUUUUUAAAUAUUUAUGUGCCAUAUAAUGCCAUAAUUAUAAGUAUUAUUAUGUGUGUAUGCUAAUCAUUUAUAAUAAUUUAUUUUUUUAUAAUUUACAUGUAGAGUAUCCCUAUGCUUUAUUUUUGAUAUUUAAAGUCUUCAUAUUGGCCUAUUUUCCCUAUGAUAUUUGUCCUUAUUUAAAAAACAUGGCAUGGCAUUCAAUCAAAGAAUUAUUAUUUAUUAUUAUUAUUUUUAGAUACUUUAUAUCAUUAGAUUAAAUAUUUAAAGUUUAAUUACUAUUUGCAAUGGCAGUUAUUUUGCAGUCUGGGCUUAUUUUUGCACUAUCAGUAAUUUACUUUAAUGUUAAUAUGCAUGUGACGUUCUCAAUGCUUAAAUUUCAUUGUUCACUUCACAAUAUUUUACUUUCUUAGUACAUUUUCAAAAUUUUCACGAAAAUUAGCAUGAAUCUGGGAGCAUGCUGCUUUCAAUUUUGGAAUAACUUUCACAUCACAACUUUACUAUAGGUAAUAUUUCACAUAUGUCAGAUAUUCAGAUAUAGCCUAAUUUUAAUCAUUUUAAAUUAUUCAUUUCAUUAUUAACCAAUGAGAUUAUAUAUUCCUUUAGAAAAUGAUUGAUUUUAUAUUUGAGCCGUGUCACAUAGUGCGUUUGCGACCAGCAUGGAUCCAGACCAGUCUGCCCAUCUGCGCAGUCUGAUCAGGAUCCAUGCUGUUCGCUUACAUACUCUAUAACAAGUAGAGAAACUGAUAGCAAACAGCAUGCAUCCUGAUCAGACUGCGCGGAGGCGAAGGCUGGUCUGGAUCAUGCUGGUCGCAAACCCAUUAUGUUGGUUUUGUCAUGACGCGGCUCAUUUUAUUAAUAAAUCUUGAGCAUUGAUAUUUAUCACAUGUUUUAUUGCUUUAAUCUUAAUGUGGGUAUAUUGAUUAAUUUUUAUAUCAAAAUAUAUUUGAUUUUUAUCAUUUAAGACCCAUUAAGGGUAAAAAUACUUUAUUUAAAUCUUUUUAUUAUUGGCUUCCUGUUAAGGUUUCAAAAUGUUACUCAUUGGCCUUAUAGCUGUGCCUUCCUUUGCUUUGUUUGCAUUUUGGCAAUUUGUAAAGGUAUGGGUAUAUUGUAUGGAAAUUAAAAUACCUCUUUGUAUACUUUUUUGCUUCCUUUAACACAAUUUAUUUCUUCAGCAAUAUUUUCUUCAUGUGAUGAGCAUCUUGCUUUUUAAAUUAAUUAACAACAUUAUUACAUCAUUAUUACAAUGUUAUUAUUAUAUUAUUACAAUGUUAUUACUAUAUUAUUACAUCAUUAUUGCAAUACAUCAUUAUUACAAUACAUCAUUAUUACAACAUUAUUAAAUCGUUAUUACAACAUUACAAGACGCACAUUUACCUUAUUUACAAAAUAUGGAAACACUAUGAAUUACUAGUUUAUAAAAAAUGUUUAUAUGUAGGUCUGCUGAUUAUUAUUGAUUAUCUAUUCAGUUAAUGAUAACUUUAUUAAAAUACUUGAUGUACACAUGUGAUAUAUAUUUGAUAACCUGUGAUAUUUUCUUCCACUCUUUAAUUUUUAAAUUGUGUCAGAAUGAUAUGACAUUGAUAGUAUAUGGAUUGGUAGAGAAAUAUUUUAUUUUGAUAAUUAUUUUUUAUUGGAAUUUAUUGAUGUGCCUAACUAGAAUUCAAAUUAUUUGAUUUUACACUUAAAGAUCAUGUAUUACAGUCUGGAGGAAAGGGACAUUUCCAGUGUUUACAUGAUUUAUGCAAAUUGGCUGAUUGGUUAUCCAAUCACAGGGGCUUUACAUGGUCAUUGGCUGACCUGUUUUACAAAAAAAAGAACACAUGAUUUUGUUUGUGAUUUUGUUUGUAAGCAGUUGACCUUGCAUUGAAUAAAAAAGGCGGGGGCUUCAUUUUUCAUUGCUAAAAACUGGAAAGAUGGAUACCAGGGUAGGACCAGAUACUAGAAUCAUAUUUUGAAUUUUUGUCUCAUCUUUUUGUCUCAUCAGAGCAAAAGAUUCAGUGUCAGUUUUUAGGGUAGAUUGAUACUACAGUAUCCACCAAUGACCAUAUGUCAGUAUUUAAAAGAAAUAUUUUCUUUGAAAGCUCUGGUCAAAUUUACUUCAAUCUUUUUUUUUGAAUCUAUGACCACAUUGGUGAAAUAACAUGUGCAUCAUUCAGGGUAAAAUUUGAAGGAGAAAAAAUUCUUUGAACAACUUCUUCUCCUCAUCCACCAAGGUACCAUUUAUUCUGAAAAGUGAGAGCUGCAGGACCAUCAUGGCCCACUUAAUUUUAAUCAUAUUCUGUAAUUCAUUUUUACAUAUAGAUUGAUAUAUUUGUUAAAGGGGGUUUGAAAGGUUCAUUUGUUUAGAAAUCCAUUUUGUUACUGUUGAAAUUUGUUUAAUGUAAACAAAUUAUGUAAGAAAUUUUUGAUUUCAUAUGAACUCAUUUUUGUUUCUUUUAAGAUGAAUAAAUACCUUUGAAGGUCUUUUUAAAAAUAUUUUUCUUCAAGUGAUAUUUCCUGCAAUUAUGUUGCUCAAUUUAAAUGACUUUAUCAUGAUCACAUUAUCCUGUAAAUAUAAUGUGUAUUUUGCUUGCUUUUAAAUAACCUUUCUGUAUGAAAAUAUUUAUGAUGUAUUUUGUUUAUUUUUGUACCCAUCCUUGUUUUACAGUAUUAAAGUUUUCUGUCCAAAAUGCA